UUUGGCUACUGAGUACAUUUCAAGUAACGUCAUCCUUCCCAAGCCAACACUGGUGUGAAGGGCGGAAACUCUUCUUUCCACUCUUCAGUUAUUUGCUGCUGCUCCCAUCUGCUUGGUGGCACUGCCUGCUCAGUCCUCACUGCAGAGAGAUCUCCAGACACUUUCCCCUGAUUCUUCUCAUUUUCUUGAGCAAGUGGCUUUCCAACCACAGCUUCAUGUGGGAGGCUUCAUGUUGGCAUCCAGAGUACAUGUUCCAAAUAUGUCCAGCCCCAUCUUCUGAUCCUAGUGCAGAGGAGCUGCUGACAGAUGACAGCCGCUAUCCUCCUUCAAUACUGAGGAAAAGACCGCCUGUGGACCAAGCUGGGGGGGGGAAGCGGAAAGCAGAGAGAAGAGUUCGAUUUCGUGAGUCAGAAGAAGUCAUUGAAUAUGCCAUUUCCUGCUGUGACUACGUAGUGGUAGAUGACAGGUCAUCAUCUGGAUUGCCCAUGCUCCUGUGGCUCUCAUUUUGUGCAGUGCUGAUCCUUGCUGUGAGUCUGUACUACACCACCAUGAAGCAAGAUGUCAAAGUCCUGGAAGAAUUUCAAUCUCGACUUGUUAUCUUCUUUCUUCAGAUAAGACACAUUGCUCAGAAAUGUUGGACUUGGUUUAUGAGGCAGUAGCAAUA